AUGAGAGUCAACGUCCCGGUAAUUUUGUGCGCCUUCAUGGGCUUGUCUACAGCCAAUCCCCUCGACUGGCUCGGCCUUGCCUCCUGGGAAGUUGAAGGCUUCGCCAAAGACAACCCAAUUGGCAAGACUACAGGAGGCAAAGGAGGCCCAACUGUAACAGUCUCAAGUGUUGCCGAGCUCCAGACCGCGGUGACUGGCAGUGAUCCCAAGAUCGUGGUCCUGAAGGGCGAAUUCGUUUUGCCUGCACGCCUCAAUAUCGGAUCAAACAAGAGCUUGGUUGGCUACAAGAACACAGCACACAUUACCGGCAAGGGACUCAAUGUCUACAACGCAACCAACGUUAUCUUGCAGAAUCUAAAGAUCAGUCACAUCCUGGACAAUGACUGCAUUACGAUCCGUAACUCUACUAGGGACGGUCAGGUUGAUAUCAUCCGAGCCUCGGACUGGAUCACCGUUUCCUGGAACUAUUUCCACGAUCACUGGAAGUCAUCCCUUGUUGGGAACGAUGCCACAUUCCGCGAUCUCGACUUUGGCCAUCUUCACGUCACAUACCACCACAAUUACUUGAAAAACGAAGGCACUCGUGGGCCUGCCGGGCGCUUCGGGCACCAACAUAUCUACAGCAACCUUUACGAAGACUUCCUCUACCAGGCCAUCCACUCUCGCUCCGACAACCAGGUUCUGGUCGAGGGCAAUGUCUUCCGUGGAAACACUCGUGAGGCGCUCAGCACUUACGGCCUCGUCAUCCCCAAUGAUUCGCCAAACACUUGUGUCUGUGGUGACGAGGAAUUGGAUGGCUUUGCUAAUCUUGGUGCACCCAAUGACUGGGGAAAAGCUGGUGUCAACAUCACCCAAAAGGGUACCUUCUACAAGGCGCCCUACCAAUUUAAGCUUACUCCUUUGCCUUUGGUAGCACCCAUAGUCAAACUUGGGGCAGGGAUUGGCAGGAUUUGA